AAUUUCGUGGAUCUGCUGUGUGUUCGCUGUCCUGCUGGCAUCUGUCUGAUUCCAAGUCCACAGACAUGCCCCAUUUUACCGUGAUCCCCGUCCAGGACAAACGAAAAGUAGACUAUGACGACCUGGAGGGCUUUAGCUGGGUGGAUUAUAGGGACACGGGACAAACGUCUGCGGAUCCUUACGAUUCGGUCAGCUCAGACGGUCAUGGAGAUAACAAGGAAAAUAAGCCUUUUCUUCCCAGCUCUGAAUCCAACAAAGAGUUCUAUGACCAGAAUUUGGCUUUAUUUGAGGAGGAACUUGACAUCCGUCCCAAAGUAUCCUCCCUUCUCAGCCGUCUGGUCAAUUAUACAAACUUGACUCAGGGAGCAAAGGAACGUGAGGCUUCAGAUAGUUCUGAGGAGCUUAACAAGAAAGUUUCUAAGUCCCCCAACAUGGGAACCUUGAUAGGGGUCUACCUACCCUGUAUGCAGAACAUACUUGGAGUGAUUCUGUUUCUCCGACUCACCUGGAUAGUAGGUGUCGCUGGAGUCCUGCAAACCCUUCUGAUCGUGCUGAUCUGCUGCUGUUGUACGCUUUUGACAGCAAUUUCGAUGAGUGCCAUAGCCACGAAUGGAGUGGUACCAGCUGGUGGCUCGUAUUUCAUGAUUUCGCGAUCCCUCGGACCGGAGUUUGGAGGAGCAGUUGGCCUUUGCUUCUAUCUCGGAACAACGUUUGCGGGAGCAAUGUACAUUCUGGGUGCCGUUGAGAUAUUUCUGGUUUAUAUUGCACCAUCAGCAGCCAUCUUCCAUUCACCAAACCUCGAGGAAAAUUCCAGUGCCACGCUGAACAAUAUGAGAAUUUAUGGUUCGCUUUUCCUCACCCUGAUGGUGGUCGUCGUUUUUGUGGGGGUGAAGUACGUGAACAAGUUUGCCUUGCUCUUCCUGGCAUGUGUCAUCGUUUCUAUCCUGUCAAUCUACGCCGGUGGCAUCAAAUCCAUCUUUGCACCUCCUCAAUAUCCGAUAUGUAUGCUGGGUAACAGGACGCUUUCCAGAGACCAGUUUGAUAUCUGCUCAAAGACAGAAAUUAUGGAUAAUGAGACCGUUGCUACUAAGCUGUGGGAAAUAUUUUGUGGUUCAUACAAUCUUUCCACCAACUCAUGUGAUGAAUAUUUCCUUGAGAACAAUGUCAGUGAGAUCGCUGCUGUUCCUGGUGCCGCAAGCGGCAUUUUAAAAGAUAACCUUUGGAGCAACUACCUGACAAGUGGAGAGCUCCUAGAGAAAUCUCAUCAGCGUUCUGUGGCUGUUCCUGGAUCUCCGAGUAACAAUCGCAUAUAUGUUGUGGCAGAUAUCACCACAACAUUCAUGGUGCUUGUUGGUAUCUUUUUUCCAUCUGUUACUGGUAUAAUGGCUGGAAGUAACAGAUCAGGAGAUUUGCGAGAUGCCCAGAAAUCGAUACCGGUGGGAACCAUCCUAGCCAUACUCACCACCUCAUUUAUAUACAUCAGCACUGUGAUCCUCUUUGGAGCGUGCAUCGAAGGAGUUGUGCUUCGAGACAAAUUUGGAGAUACAGUCAAUAAGAACUUGGUAGUAGGGAUCAUGUCUUGGCCUUCGCCUUGGGUCAUCGUCAUUGGCUCGUUCUUUUCUACGUGUGGCGCUGGACUGCAAAGCCUAACUGGAGCUCCUCGUUUAUUGCAAGCUAUAGCCAAUGAUAAUAUCAUCCCAUUCUUGCAGGUGUUUGGUUACGGAAAAGCAAAUGGUGAACCAACAUGGGCUCUCUUGAUGACGGCUGUGAUUGCAGAACUGGGAAUUCUCAUUGCUUCACUGGACAUGGUGGCACCUAUCUUAUCCAUGUUCUUCCUAAUGUGCUAUUUGUUUGUUAAUUUGGCGUGUGCUGUACAGACACUGCUAAGAACCCCAAACUGGAGACCGCGGUUUAAAUUUUAUCACUGGACAUUGUCAUUCUUGGGGAUGAGUAUCUGCUUGGCCCUGAUGUUCAUCUCAUCCUGGUAUUAUGCUCUUGUGGCCAUGUUGAUUGCUGGAGUGAUUUAUAAAUAUAUAGAAUACCAAGGGGCCAAAAAAGAAUGGGGAGAUGGGAUCAGAGGCCUUUCUCUAAGUGCUGCACGAUAUUCCUUGCUGAGACUUGAAGAAGGACCCCCGCAUACUAAGAAUUGGAGACCUCAACUUCUGGUGCUUUUGAAGCUGGAUGAGGAUUUACACGUAAAGUACCCACGUCUGCUGACUUUUGCUUCACAGCUAAAAGCUGGCAAAGGAUUGACUAUUAUUGGCACCACCUUACAGGGGAACUUUUUGGAGAGCUAUGGGGAGGUGCAGGCUGCAGAACAGACAAUCAAAAAUAUGAUGGAAAUUGAGAAGGUGAAAGGAUUCUGCCAGGUCGUGGUUUCCAAUACAGUAGGGAGUGGUAUAUCCCACCUAAUACAGUCAAGUGGGCUUGGAGGCAUGAAACAUAACACUGUGAUGCUGGGAUGGCCGUAUGGAUGGAGGCAAAGUGAAGAUCCAAGCUCAUGUAAAACUUUUAUUGACACUGUACGGUGCACCACUGCAGCACAUCUUGCGUUGAUGGUACCCAAAAAUGUCCCUUUCUACCCAAGCAACCAUGAGCGCUAUCUGGAUGGGACCAUUGAUGUAUGGUGGAUAGUGCAUGAUGGUGGGAUGCUCAUGCUCCUUCCAUUUCUCCUGAAACAGCACAAGGUUUGGAAAAAAUGCAAACUAAGAAUUUUUACCGUGGCACAAAUGGAUGACAACAGCAUUCAAAUGAAGAAAGAUCUUGCAACAUUCCUUUAUCAUCUGCGGAUUGAAGCUGAGGUUGAAGUCGUGGAAAUGCAUAACAAUGACAUAUCUGCGUACACAUAUGAGAGGACUAUGAUGAUGGAGCAACGCUCACAAAUGCUGAGACAGAUACGUCUCACCAAGACGGAAAGAAAUCGAGAGGCUCAGUUAGUAAAGGACAGGCAUUCAAUCACUCACCUGGAGACCCCAUAUCUUGGUGAAGAGAUGGAAAUAGAAAUGCAGCCGGAUAAGAUUCAUAUGACCUGGACCAAGGAGAAAUACUGGUCAAGGCAAAGGUCUGGCAACAACAUAGAAGAACCAUUUCGAGAACUUAUUAACAUCAAACCGAACCAGGGUAAUGUUUGGAAGAUGCACACUGCAGUCAAGCUGAAUGAAGUUAUUGUGAACCGGUCACAUAAUGCCAAACUGGUACUUCUCAACAUGCCAGGACCACCUAAAAAUCCAGAUGGGAAUGAAAAUUAUAUGGAGUUUCUCGAGGUCCUGACGGAAGGUUUGGAGAGAGUCCUUCUGGUGCGAGGAGGAGGAAGAGAAGUUAUCACCAUCUACUCCUGAGCCAGCAGUUGUGACUGGUGUUUCAGGCUAUUUUAGUCUGCAUUAUUUUUACAUAAAGAGGGCAUUGUUAUGAUGGCAAAUUGUGUUGAUACUAUAACCUGUACUGUCUCCUUAAUUAAAAUUCCAUUGUUUAUUUAUUCAGUAACCUACA